GGGCAGGAGGGGGAUGCGGGUUGCCAUGACGACGCACAUGCAGCAGUGGAUUAUUCUGCUCCUCCUCAUCUUCCUCUGCGGCGUCUGCACCAGGAAGCCGCGCCGAUGCAUCAUGGGGGAUGAUGAUAAUGACGAUGACAAAGACGGGGAGUCCUGGCAGGAGAGUUUCCCGAGGGCACGGUGCAUGUCCCGAUGCUUGAGUUUGCACAGCGUGGCAACACCGCAGCUUCCACAGUGCUUGGAGCCGUGUAAGGAUUCUUGGUCUGUGGAAAAGAAGAGCGAUUGCAAGGAGCCGUGUGAGAGGUUGUUCCCCAAAAAACACUGGGAGUGUGUGGCCAGCUGUGAGUUCCUUCAGUCUGUGGUGGAGGUGAAGCAGGGUAGCUGUCCUCCUCCGGACUGGGCCGCUGGGUUUGCGGCCGCCUGUGUCCACGGAUGCGAUUCAGACUCUGAAUGUCCAGCUCAGAAGAAGUGCUGCUCCAACACCUGUGGCCACACAUGCCAGGCUCCUAAAGACCUCUACCAGGGGGUUCCUUUGAAACCCAGGAAGGAGCUGCAUUUUGAGGAGGUCUCCCCUGGCCAACUGGAGGUGCGCUGGACCUCCAGGUUCAACAACUCUGCUGAGCCUGUGGUCUAUAUUCUGCAGAAAAGGUGGAACUUUGGCAUCCAGCCCAGUGAGGAUGCUGCCACUCCAUGGCACACGGUCACACAGACCACAGAGCAGCGAGCUCGACUGCAUGACAUGCGACCAGGCCGGUGGUACCAGUUCCGAGUUACAGCCGUCAACACCCACGGAACCAGAGGCUUCACCACUCCGAGUCGGCAUAUUCAUUCCAGCAGAGACCCGACCAGCCCUCCAGCCCCGACUGAGCUGAGAGUGACCAACAUGACCUUUACUCCGGGCAGGGCUGUGCAGGUCCAACUCCAGUGGCGCAUGCUGGGAGACCUGGAUGUCCCUGUUCACCACUACAAGGUCAGCUGGACCUGGGCUGCCAUUGGUCCAACCCCAGCUUCCUCCGUGACCAAAAGGAAGAAGCUAGUCAGAGAGAGCCGGGUGGUGCUGGACAGCAUGCGGUCCAACCGCAGCUACAGCGUGGAGGUCCAGGCCGUCUCCUACUGGAGGCAAACCCAGCUGAAAGGACCCAGAGCCAUCGUGCACUUUAACACCCUGCGCAAUGCGUCAAGAGACUUAACAGGUGACGUCCUGGACGUGGGGACGCCGUUCUAUCAAAAUGGACAGCUGCAAGUUCACGUUUACUGGAAGAGCAGCACAGACCCUUCAGCUGAAUACUACCGAAUCCAGUGGGUACCAGAGUACUGUGAGCACAACCAAACGGCACCCAGAGAGAAGACUAACACACAGGGGACCUUCACCAGCCUGCAGGGUUUGCUGUUCUCCUGUAAGUACAAAGUCCUCCUGCAACCCGUCAGCAGGAAGAGUCGCCUGCCGGCCAAGAGCGUCAGCUUCAUCACACCGUCCUGUGCCGCCAUGCAAGCCAAGAGUCCAAAACCCAUUGCCUGUAAUGGAGUGAACCCUAGGAAGGUUCUGGUAAAGCUAACCAACCUGACAGUGUCCUUCAAGUUCCGUGGCGGUAACAUGACCACCAUCUUUAAUUGGGGUGUGCCUGCCGGAGCACAUCGCCAUCACCUCACCGGCUACAAGGUGACCUGGGCGGAGGUCAUGUCAAACAGCCACAACAAGAAGCUGCACAGCAGCCUUACCUCGCAAUCCCAGAUCGUACUCCCGGACACAAAGGUUCUGGCGGUGUCUGGCCUGCACCCUGCCAGUGUCUACAGGCUGGAGGUCCGGGCCAUCGCCAACGGCAGUGAUCAAGGUCCAGCCAUCAGCAGAAUCUUCCAGACUCCGGGAUUACAAAACGUGGUGAAGCAUAGGAAAUAUGAUUGAUAAAGCAGACAAUGUUAGCCAUUCACUGACCAUCGGUGCUAACCUGACACCUCGUCAGAGUGUACCAGCUACAUCUCCUGCAUUAGUCAAACAACUUCUCGUCCUAGUGUGAUACCCUACUUCUUUUUCUUCUGGAUGAUGACACCAUUGCAUGCAUGUGUUGGAUGCCUUCACUGUCGCUGAGAAGCACGUUAAAGUGUAUUUCAAAAACACAAGUACAGUAUUCCACUUUGCGCUUCGACUUUUGCGGCUUCACUCUAUCAGGAUUUUGCAAAAUAUAUGAAUUAAUAAAUCAUGCUGUUUUGUGGUUGAAUACGGCCUUGUAUUAGUCAAAAAAUAUGCAUAUUUAAGCAAAUUGUACAUAUUUUUUGGCCUAAAUGAAGUAUUUUCAAGCAUAAUAAUGGCUAAAUAAAGUAAAAUACUAAUAUAACGAGAUUCAGAAGAUACGUUCAAAGAGGUUGUGAUGAUAUGUAGUAUUCUACACUGGUCACUUCCUGUCAGUCAUGUUACACUGAUGAGACAGUAGCCACCACAGGAAGUACUGUACAGAACAGGAAGUACAAAAAGAACAACGACAGGAAACUCUCCAAAUGCUAACAUACAGUAUGUGAGUCUUUUUUUUCAUUAUGUCUACUAUAUUGGGUAUUACAAGUGUAAAGGUGACUAUAGGGGUGUAAUUUUAGCCCUAUGGCUAGCAUACCCCCGCAACCCUAAUGAGGAUAAGCGGCAUAGAAAAUGGAUGGAUGGAUGGGCUCUAAUAAUUUUUAAAAGCGCAUUUAGAAGGUCGUCAACAGGUUUUCUAUGCUCUAACUCCAAAAAUAUUACAUUUAUAAAUGAGGAAUACGGAAAUUCACUUAUCACGGUCUGGUCUGGAACCAAUUAAGUGUGAUAAAUGAUGGAUUACUGUACAGUCAUCCUUCGCUACAUCACAGUUCGAACAAAUACGCCUUCACUCUAUCGCGUUUUUUCAAAAAUUAAGUAAUUAAUAAAUGAUUGCUGUUUUGUGGUUGAAUAUUGUUUAUUAUUCAUAUUAAAAAAUGCAUAUUUAAGCAAAUUGUACGUAUUCAUGGCCUAAAUUAGGCAUUUUCAAGCAUAACAAUGUCUAAAUGAACAAAAAUACAAAUUUAAGGCAUUCAAAAGACGUUAUAUGAAGUGUAAUACAGUAUCUGGGACUUGCUGUGUGUGCCUUUAAGAAGCGGGGCCUGGGAAGUGACGAGUCAGCUGAGUGCUAGCAGCAGGUUGGCAGUGUAGAGAGUGGCCGACAGCAGCUCCUGUGUGACUGUUCACUGCAUAUAUGUUCUCUGCUUGUUAAUAAAGCGAUUGAAGUGCAUCGUGAGUCUCACCUUAACCACAAACAGUGCAAACAGUAGUACCCUACACUGGUCUCUAGGUAUCAGUAAUGUUACAUUAUGGAGACAAUAGCCACCAGGAUGUACGCUGUCAAUGCUGAUGUGUAGGUCUACCUUAUUUAUGUGUAAGAUGGCUUAUUUUCUGUUAUUAUGUCUACUGGAACUGCUAUAAACAACGGAUUACUGUCCUUCCUUUGUGGUGUAAAUGCUGUAUAUAAUGUCUAUAAUAUGACUUGUGUUGUAUUUAUGUAUCUAUACCUCUAAAGACCUUUUGUAUAAAUA